AAGCAGUCACUAUAACCUAGCACACUUAUUUUAUCAUCCUCCUGCAGCCACAGAAGCAUACAGGCACAGAGAGUGAUACAUGCUGAAAAUGAGAUAGAGGUAGGGGGGGGGCAGGCAGAGAGAGAGAGGGAGUGAGAGAGACAGAGAGAGAGAGAGUGAGUGAACAUAUGAGUGAGAAAGAGAGGAAGCGAGAGGUAAGAGGAUAGAGGUGCUAACUACAUGCGCGCAAUACUAGCAUGACACGUGCAGAUUGGAUUUGGUGGCUGAUGGCGGCUGAGCCAACACACUCACGCAUGAAGCUGCACUAAGAGUGAGAGAGAGACAGCGAGGAGAAAGAGGAAGAGAAGGGUUGUGUCUUUCCGGCCUAGAUUACUGCAAGAUUAACCCAGCAGAACAGCAGCAGUCUGGAAACCGAAGAAGGAACUUAACGCAGAGAGUCAAUGAAGAGGAGAAGUAAUGUCUGUUAAUAAGUGCCCAACACAGAGGAACUAAGCGAUAUUACACAUGUGACAUCACCCUUACACAAAACCUGGAGAUCUGGAACAUCCUCUAACUCCUGCUACAUACCUAAUCCUCCAAGCAACAUCCAAAGCUACCUACCAACCUACCGAAAACCUAGACUGUAUCAGAGAACAGAAGUUUCCAGUGAGGUGUUUCCUCUGAAACAGGAUGUGUGGUCUAGGUUUUUUUUUAAGCACCUUCUUUUUCUCGCUGGUUCUUGGACCUCAUGUAAUGCUCCUGCAUGCCCAGGAGUUGGAGCCUUCAACACUCUUUAAUGGCGUUACUACAUCAACUCCAGAACCUAAAACUGAAAAUAGUGCCACUUCAUCAGAGAAUAUAAAUCUAGUCACCACAACAAAGCCUGAAGAUGACCCCAGGGAUGGUGAAUCAAAUUCCACCACUGGAAACUUGGGUCUUGAGACUCUUUUGCCAGUGACAGAACCUGUGUCAGCAAGCCUCAGCACCACAGCACCACAGCAGGUCAUGGCAACACUUUCAACAGAAAUCAACCCUGUGACAACACUCAGUCAAGAAGAUCCCACCCCCACAGUCCAUGAAACAACCACAAUGACCAAAGGGAUCACAGAUCCUGCAGUUCCAGAGCUCACAAGUUCACCUGUAGAGAAUGAAGUGACUACUACGAUAGAAGCAACAACACACAUUCCAACGCCUGCUGUGCCAACAUAUGUUCAGACAACCGUGAAGGCAUCAGAGGCCUCUUCUAUGCUAAUAUCCCUUCCUGAGGAAUCUGAUCACACCACACCCAGUGCUGCAGAAGCCACAAUUAGCGCCAUGGAAACCACAACCAGCGCCAUGGCAACCACACCCAGCACCAUGGCAACCAUACACCUCAACAACACCCUCACCACCCAGCAUCAAGCAGAAUACUCUACCCCAGAUAUUACAGAAUCUUUUACUGAUUUGUCAUCAGACAGUGAAGGCUUCAAUAAGACUGGCGCCCUAGUUGAAAGCAGUGGAACAAGUUCCAACUGGCUGAUCAUUAUCAUCACAGCUGUGGUGGUCACUGCCUGCGUGAUAUUCAUGUUCUGUUGCAUCGCAUUAAUUAAAAAGAGAAAGAAACGUGGGACGCAGAAUUUUGGCCAUGGGAACAUGAAUGGGCGGAGCCAGAGGUCCAAGAAGAAGAAGGGCGAGGACGACGCUUGGGCAGGGCCUGUGAAUCUGGUGGGAGGGGAAAAGGGCGAGUGUGAAGGUCCAGAAGAGGGUGGACAAGGAGAUGAUAAAAAGCCAGACGGGACUGAUGCGGUGCUUAGUACAUUUGUGGCUUUGGAUGAAAAUGAUGGAGUCGGACGGCCUGGAUCAAUGGAGGUUCAGAAAUGGGAGGAGAAAGAACCUCUGCUAUACAUUGACGAGGAAGUGAAGGGAGAGGGCAGGGAAAAACAAAAAGAAGGGGGGCAAAAAGAGGAGGAAGACACCAAAGGAAUGACAGAAAUGAAGGAGCCCAAGGUGAAUGGAGGAGAAGCGUUCUGUCUCACCACUGCUGUGUGAAAUGAACUGGCGUAUGAAACGAACUUUCUCUCUCUUUGACUUUUUAUGCCACAGUGCAAAUCCUUUAGUAGUUUGCUGCCACCUACUGUACUUGGAUACACACAGGGCUUAUAUAUUUUUUUAUUUGUUCCAUACUUGGUAGACAGAGUUGCAAUGUCUAUAUCACUUUGAUACAUUUUUUUAGGAAAAAAAAACAAAACUGGAGUGUUUUUAUAAAAUAAUAAAUUCUUAUUUCUAAGGCAUAAAUAAAUUCUACUUUAUAUUCAAAUGGUUGUUAAAUAUAUGUGCACAUACAUGUAUGAGUAGUUUCUUAACAAGGGGAACAUUUGACUUUAUUUAGGCAGUGUUCAGGCAUGUUUCUUAGUGACACAACGUAAUAAAAAUCAGUGAUAUUUAA